UUGCUUCUGUCGUAACGCACCCUUUGCAACAAAAAGGGUUAAAACAGCUGGCUUGAAUUUGUUUAUGUGAAAGUUCUUUUUUUUUAUUACAUUGAAUAGAAUAUUUUGUGUGUGAAAAUGUUCUCGUCGUUGAGUUCAUACAUCUGGGGCUCUACGGAAGGAUCAGCCCCCCUUGAGGAAGCUACUUUUACCAUCAACGGAAAGUCUUACACUGUUAAGCCCAACACCGUACCGGUUGACACCUCGCUGAACACCUUCAUUCGAAGCCAUGCCCACCUCACCGGGACCAAGUUCAUGUGCCUGGAGGGGGGUUGCGGAGCGUGCGUGGUCAACGUCAACGGGGUGCACCCGGUGACCAAGGCCAGGACCAGCUGGGCCGUGAAUUCGUGUCUCUUUCCGGUGUUUGCCUGCCACGGCAUGGACAUCCUGACGAUCGAGGGAAUCGGCAACAAAAAGGACGGCUACCAUCCGGUCCAGCAGCGACUGGCGCACUUCAACGGAACCCAGUGCGGGUACUGCUCGCCCGGCAUGGUCAUGAACAUGUACAGCUUGCUCGAGUCCAAGAAGGGGCAGGUUUCGAUGGAAGAAAUCGAAAACUCGUUCGGAGGGAACAUCUGCCGUUGCACCGGAUAUCGACCGAUUUUGGACGCGUUCAAAUCGUUGGCCGUCGAUGCUGACCAGAAGCUGGUGGAAGCGUGUAAAGAUAUUGAAGAUCUGACCAAGACGUGCCCGAAAACGGGAAGUCCGUGCGCGGGAAAGUGUCGUGCGGGGGGCAAGGUUGAAACCCAGCAAUCGCUCCGCAUGGUCUUCGAUAACCAUUCAGAGUGGCACAAAGUGUUCAACUUGAAUGACAUUUUCGCCAUCUUUGAACAGAUUGGAGAGAAGCCGUACAUGCUGGUGGCUGGCAACACUGCUCACGGAGUGUACCGUCGCAGCGAAAACUUGCAGGUUUUCAUCGACAUCAACUCGGUCGAAGAGCUGCACGCGCACUCGUUGGGAAGUGAGCUGAUCGUGGGGGGAAGCGUUUCGCUGACGGAGUUUAUGGCCAUCCUUACGGAGGCGGCAACGAAAAACAACAAAUUCAGCUACUGCAACGAGCUCGUCAAGCACAUUGAUCUGAUCGCUAACGUGCCGGUGAGGAAUGCUGGAACUAUUGCGGGGAAUCUGAGUAUCAAGAAUCAGCACCACGAGUUUCCGUCGGAUAUGUACUUGAUUUUGGAGGCUGUGGGCGCGGUUUUGAAUAUUGUCGAAUCCGGCGGCAAAUCGUCCAGCGUCAGCCCGAAGGACUUCGUCACAAUGGACAUGGGCAAGAAGGUGCUUAAAAACGUAGUCUUGCCGGCGUUGGAUCCAUCGGUGUACUUUUUCAAAUCGUUCAAAAUCAUGCCACGUGCUCAGAACGCUCACGCGUACGUGAACGGAGCCUUUCUGCUGCAGUUGAACGCGGGCAAAGAUCGCGUCGAGAGCGCCCGGAUUUGCUUCGGUGGGAUCAAUCCCGAUUUCACCCACGCUACAGCUACGGAGGGUGCCUUGGUUGGCAAAAACAUCUUCGACAAUGAAUCCAUCCAAUCAGCGUUUGCUACCUUAGCCGGCGAACUUAACCCGGACUGGGUUCUCCCAGACGCUUCCAGCGACUAUCGCAAGAACCUCGCCAUUUCGUUGUUCUACAAGUUCAUCCUGAGUAUCAUUCCCGAGGGUCAGUACGCGCUAAAGCCCGAGUACAAAUCAGGAGGCACCGUAAUGGCUCGUCCACUAUCUUCCGGAAAGCAAACCUUCGACACCAUCGAGAAGAACUGGCCUCUCACCAAGAACGUCCCCAAGAUCGAAGCCCUUGCGCAGACAGCCGGCGAAGCGCACUACUCGAACGAUCUUCCCCCGCAGCCGGGUGAGCUGUACGCGGCGUUCGUGCUGGCCACGCAGGUGCACUCCAGGAUUGCGAAGCUGGACGCUGCUGAAGCGCUGAAAAUGCCCGGAGUUGUAGCGUUCUACUCCGCGAAGGACAUUCCUGGAACGAACAACUUUAUGCCGGCUGGACUGGGCAACCAGGACGUCGAGGAGAUCUUCUGCAGUGGAGAGGUUCAGUUCCACGGUCAACCGGCGGGAGUCAUCGUCGCUGAAACGUUCAACCAGGCCCAACGGGCAGCUAAAGCGGUCGUGAUCACGUACGAAAAGAUUAACAACAAACCGCUCUAUCCGACGCUGAAGUCUGUGAUGGAUAAAGACGUCCAGGAUCACUUCUUCGACGUUUCGUUCGAUAAGAAGGGCAAGGGUUACCGAGUUCAGACGGCAGUCACCGCAACUAAAACCGUCAAGGGACGCUUCGAGAUCGCCGGGCAGUACCACUACACGAUGGAAACGCAGACCUGCGUUUGCGUACCAAUCGAGGACGGAAUGGACGUGUACUCUUCAACGCAGUGGAUGGAUCUGACCCAGCUGGCGAUCGCCGAAUCGUUGAAGCUUCCGAUGAACAGCCUGAACAUGUACGUCCGCCGACUCGGCGGAGCUUAUGGAGGCAAAAUUUCACGAGCAACCCAAAUCGCAUGUGCUUGUGCCUUGGCGGCUCACUUUACCAACCGUACGGUUCGGUUUGUUCUUCCGAUCGAAACUAACAUGUCCGCGAUCGGUAAGCGGUACGGCUUGAUCAGUGACUACACCGUUGAUGUGGAGAAAAACGGCAAAAUCACCAAGAUGAACAACCACUACGUUCAGGACUACGGAGUAUCGUUGAACGAGUCCGUCCAGGAUGCAACCACGGCGUUCUUCAACAAUUGUUACGACGCCAAGACGUGGAAGGUCGUCGGAAAGGCGGUGAAAACCGACGCUCCCAGUAAUACCUGGUGUCGGGCACCGGGAACAACCGAAGGCGUAGCCAUGAUCGAAAACAUUAUGGAACACAUUGCGCACGAAACCGGACAAGAUCCGCUCGAAGUUCGAUUGGCCAACAUGGCCGCAGACAACAAAUUGAAGCAGCUGCUACCGCAGUUCCGUACCGACGUUCAGUACAACGAACGCAAGCGAGAGAUCGAUAACUUCAACGCCAAGAACCGCUGGAAGAAACGUGGAAUCGCCAUCGUCCCGAUGCAGUACUGGUUGGAAUACUUCGGCCAGCUAAAUGCGAUUGUUUCGAUCUACGCUGGCGACGGAACAGUAUCGGUUACGCACGGCGGUAUUGAGAUGGGACAAGGCAUGAACACCAAGGUGGCACAAGUUACGGCCUUCGUCCUGGGAGUCCCACUGGAGAAGGUCGCCGUGAAGCCUUCGACGAGUCUUACCUCGCCAAAUGCCAUCGUCACCGGCGGUAGCAUGACCAGCGAAGCUGUUUGCUAUGCCGUCAAGAAAGCCUGCGAAAUGCUGCUGGAACGCAUGAAGCCCAUCCGUGACGGACAUCCGGACGCCCCGUGGGAAAUGAUCGUCAAGCUGUCCUACGUGAAGAACAUCGAUCUGUGCGCCGAAGCGCAGUACAAGGCCGACGAACUCAAGGGCUACAUCAUCUGGGGUCUCAGCUGUGCCGAGCUCGAGGUGGACAUCCUAACCGGAAACGUCCAAGUCAAGCGGGUGGACAUCCUCGAAGACACCGGCGAGAGCAUGAGCCCGGGCGUGGACGUCGGUCAGAUCGAGGGAGCGUUCGUGAUGGGCAUCGGGUACUACCUAACCGAAGCGCUGGUGUACGACGACGCAUCGGGAGCGCUGCUGACCAACCGCACCUGGACGUACAAGCCGCCCGGCGCGAAGGACAUUCCGAUUGAUUUCAGGGUCAACUUCCUGCACGGAAGUGCGAAUCCGGUGGGAGUGCUACGUUCGAAGGCUACCGGAGAACCGGCGCUCAAUAUGGCGAUUGUGGUUCUGUUUGCGCUGAGGAAUGCGCUGCGAGCGGCUCGAAGUGAUGCCGGUCUGCAGGACGUCUGGAUUCCGCUGGGAUCGCCGACAACGCCGGAUCAGGUGUUUAUGGCGGCAGGGAAUAACAUGGAUCAGUACAUGCUGAAUUGAGGUCGUUUAUUGAAACAGUGAUAAUUUUUAAUGGUGCUGGAAUAGUUUUAUAAUUGUAUAAUUUUCAAAAUAAAUUGCAUGCUUGAUUUAAGGCAAAACU